AUGGAAGAAAUUGUGACUGGAGAAGAUGACAUUGAGCCGUAAUUUAAAUUCAUUGUGCAUACAAGAACAAUGUAAUAUCACAUUUCAGUGAUGAAAAAGAGAAUAGAGCUUGUUUCUAUUAAUAGCAUAGAUUAAAUUUAAGUUCCAUUAAACAUUCAUUAAACUAUCUAUUGGUUGUAUAAUGAAGGACGGGAAACAGCUUUUGGAUUGAAAUAAGGAGAUCUAAUUAAUUAUUACUAUGGAGAUGAGAGUGAUCUAUCUCAUUUUCGUUUAUUGAUAGGAUGUAAAAUAUCAUUUGGAACAUUUAAAUAAGAUUAUUUGGUUGGUGAUUUAUUGGGAAAAGGCACAUUUUCAAAAGUAUGAGUUCUUCUAUGAUCAGGUCAAUAAAAUAACAAAUUUAAGGGAUGGUAAAGACUAUGCUUUAAAGAAAAUCAAAUUACGUAAUGAGGCUCAUUUAAAGAAUAUUGAAAUUGAAGUUGCUAUUUUGCAUUAGUUAAAUCAUUAAGGAAUCAUCAAGUUAUAUGAUGUUUAUAGAUUAAAUGAAAAGACUUAUGGCUUAAUUACUGAAUUAGUCAUAGGAUAAUCACUUGACUCUAUUAUUAAUAAACAAAAAGUAAGGUUAUAAAUAAUGCUAUUAGUAAAAAAAGAGCAAAUUGGAAGAACGAGAUAUUUAAAUGAUUCUAAAAUAAACUCUUUAAAUAAUUGAUUACUUACAUUAGAAUAAGAUAAUUCAUAGAGAUAUUAAACCAUAACAUAUGAUAUUAUGUUAAAAUAAAAUCAUAAAGAUUCUAGAUUUUGGUUUAAGUUCUAAUGAGAAUCAAAUUUCUUGUAAUUGUGGUACUCCUGGUUAUAUGCCACCAGAAUCGUUUCGAGAACAUUCAGUAUACACGUAAAAAGGGGAUAUCUUUAGUUUGGGAGUUGUUUUUUAUAAGUUAUUGAAUAGAGGUGUAAGUUGUUUUGAUGCAAAUACACUCGAAUCAGUAAUGAGUAAAAAUAGACGUUGCACGAUUGAAUAUCAAAUUAAUGGAUAUUCACCUCAAGCACUGGUACAUUUAUGAAAUGAAUUCUAAGCAUUUGUUAAAAUAAAUGCUUCAAAAAGAUCCAGUCUUGAGAAUUAAUUCGCACGAUGCACUGAAUCAUACUUAUUUCACUGUCCUCCGAGAAUCCCAUAAUCUUUAAGAAGAUAAAGGAAAUAUUUAUGUUUACUAAGCUCAUCCUAGGCCAUCCCAUCUAUCUAGAACAAACAGUGGUGAGUUAGAGAAAACUUCAAAAUGAUUGUAAAUUUCUAUAAAAU